AGGUACAAAUACAAUUACAAAUAGUUUGUCAAUGUGACAAAUUGAAAUAGGAGAUAUUUAAAAGUGAAGAUAUAAAAUUAAAAUAAAUAAAUACUUUUGCAUGGUUACCUUAAAGUAAAAUAAUAAUCCAAGAAACAUGAAUCCACACCACGCAAUUAGGAAUACAGCUCAAGUUUGGAAUAAUUAAGAAUGUUCAAGCAAGUAAAGCAAGCCAACCAUAGAGCUUGAUCAUGAGGAAAACAUGGAAACCCCACCACGCAAUUAUACGACCAAAUUAUAUAUAGCUUCCACAUGCAAAUUAUAACAGUGUCUAUCAUAUUUCUUCAAUACCAAUUUCUUACAUUAAUCUUAAGGUUCAUAUUAGUUGUUAUUUUAUUUUUUUUAUUCUCAAUGGCAAGCGUUAGAAGUACUCCCAGGGUUGGAGUAAUAACACCUAGAGCACGCACUCCAGUUGUUGAAGAGAUUGUACCUAAUUCUGAUUGGACAGAGGACUCUCUUGGCCAUUAUCUUCUAGUGGAUCUUCCUGAAUUCAGGAAGGAAGAGGUGAAGCUUCAGGUUGAUAGCAGUGGCCGUAUUGUUGUUAAGGGAGAAAGGCAAGCAAGUGAGCAGAAACAUGUUCGUUUUCACCUGAGUUUUCCGGCACCAGUCGAUUCUGAGAUCGAUAAGAUAGCUGGAAAAUUUGACGGCGGGAUACUCUACGUGACUCUCCCAAAGCAAAUUGCUCAAGAGGAUAGCAAAGAAAGUGACACUGAGAAAGGUGGAAUUGAAGAUGUUGGAAGAGCAGAGGAAAAUGAUAGCCAUACAACCAAUGCUGAUGAAGAAGGGAGAGAUCCUAUUCAACAUGUUGGCCAUGAAGAAAUUGAACAAAAAGGAAAUGAAAAUGGCCACAUAAGGGAUGUUUCUGAACAAGUCAUAAGGAAGUGGGAUCAAGAAACCGUGUUAAGAAAUGCAGUGGGUGUUUUGAGGAAAAACAAAGGAAUUGUUGUAACUGCUGUUAUAGCCUUCUCCUUGGGGAUAUAUGUAUCUCAAAAAUUUCAAUUUUCAGAAGCACCAUAAGAAUUAUUUAUGUAUAUACGCCACUUCAGGUCAAAAGGACCUUUCAUAUUUAUCUUUAGAACAAAGUAUCAUGCAGAUAUACUCAAACAUUAAAUAUAUAUCUGAUGCAUCAUUCUUUCUUUCCAAUCUUAACAUUUACAUCCAUAAUAUGAUAUAGUCAUAAAUCAUUUUUCAUGUUUAAGAGGGCUAGUUGGGAUAGGUUAGUGUAUGCACCUAAGAUAUACGUUUAAAUGGUUCAUAAUCUUCAUUAAAUCAAAUGGCUACUAUAUUAAAGACUCAGAAGUCCUACCUCACAAUUAAUUUGUAUAUAUUGCUUUCACAGUCCUUGUCAAAAUGCAUAACAUAAUUUUAUCAUCACUUUAUGAUAAUCUGAUCAAAGUCAAGUACACCCUUUUAAACCAAAUACAAAAUUUCUAAUGAAGGCAGUCUUAAACAAGAUACAAUCACAAUAAGGAUCUGUUAUCUUCCACAAAAAAAGAAGAAAAUGAACUUCCAAGUUUCUUCUUUCUAAAAAAGAAUCUUUAUCUUCCUCAAAAAAGAAGAAAAUGAACUUCCAAGUUCCUUCUUUCUAAAAUGCUUAGUUCUUCUCAAUAGCUUCUAUCUAAUAAUCUUAUGUUAGCUUCUACCCCUUGAUGAAAAAA